CUACCUUCUAACCAUCACUCCUUCACCCCGUCCUCCCCCUCGACCGAGUUCCUCUUGGGUAUAAGGUGUCAGACGUCACAGAGCACUACAAGUUCUUCAAGAUGGCGGUCCAAGAGUACCACAACAAAGCCCACGACAGCUCCCCAGAACGGUCCAGCAGCAGGGCCUCCACCGUCCUUCUGGGCAAGAAGAGCCCUGGGGUCGAGCGGAUUGAGAUUAUCUCGCAGCACACAACCGUCGCCAACCGCAUUUUCAUAUUCAUAGGCGUCUUCUUGAUUGCCUAUGCCUAUGGCCUCGACGGAACCCUUCGCUACGCCUACCAGCCUACGGCCACCUCAAGCUUCCAAACUCACUCGACUCUGGCUACACUGAACACCGUUCGCGCAGUCAUCGCCGCUGCUGCACAGCCCACUGCAGCCAAAAUCGCGGACGUCUUCGGCAGAGUUGAACUCAUCCUCGUCUCCGUCUUCUUCUAUGUCAUUGGCACAAUCAUCGAGGCGGUAGCUACCGAUGUCGACACUUUCAUUGCUGGGGCAUGUCUCUACCAGAUUGGCUACACAUCCGUCAUCCUCCUCGUCGAAGUUAUCAUCGCCGAUACCACAUCCCUGCGUUCUCGUGUCUUCUUCUCUUACGUCCCUGCGUUGCCGUUCCUCAUAAACACUUGGGUCAGCGGAGAUGUCUCGGCUGCAGUUCUGAAGGUUACGACUUGGCGAUGGGGCAUCGGCAUGUGGGCGAUCAUCUACACCGUAUGCUCUUUUCCUCUUAUUCUUUCGCUGUGGUGGGUCGGCCAUAAAGCGAAGCGCGCCGGCGACCUCGACCACUACAAGACACCGUACCAACUCUAUGGCGGUAAGCGUCUCCUUCGAGCACUCUUCUGGCAGCUGGAUGUUAUUGGCAUCCUCCUCCUCAUCGUCGUCUUCGGCUUCAUUCUCGUGCCAUUUACGGUCGCAAAAGGCAACGCGGACAUUUGGAAGACUGCCAAAAUCAUCACCCCUCUCGUCAUAGGCGUGGUUUGCGUUCCUCUCUGGAUUGUCUGGGAGCGCAAAGCUCCGCACCCCAUGGUUCCCUUCCAUCUCCUAAAGGAUCGCGCAGUGUGGGGAGCCCUCGGUAUCGCCUGCUUCCUGAACUUCGCUUGGGGCGUCCAGGGCGAUUUUCUCUACACGGUCCUCAUCGUCGCCUUCAACGAGUCCAUCAAAUCAGCCACCCGUAUCACGUCCUUGUACAGCUUUGCAUCCGUGGUUACGGGUACACUCCUAGGCUUGGUAAUCUUUCGGGUGCGCCGGCUCAAGCCAUUCAUCCUGUUCGGCACCUGCCUUUUCGCCGUCGCCUUCGGCCUUCUGAUCCACUACCGUGGCGGCGAGUCGCAAUCCACUCACGCAGGCAUCAUCGGCGCACAGGUCCUCCUCGGUAUUGCAGGUGGCUUCUUCCCUUACCCGGCGCAAGCAAGCAUUCAGGCUGCUACUCGCCACGAGCACGUCGCUGUCAUCACCGGCCUCUACCUCGCAACCUACAACAUCGGCUCCGCCCUCGGCAACACCAUCUCCGGCGCCGUCUGGUCCCAAACCAUCCCCGUCGAGUUGACGCAUCGUCUCGGCAACGCCACCGCCGCCGCGGAAUGGUUCAACUCGCCCUUCACGCUCGUCAUGACUUAUCCUCCAGGCACACCUCAGCGCGAUGCCGCCAUCGAGGCGUACAAGCACGUGCAGCGGUUGCUGUGCAUCACGGGUAUCUGUCUCUGCGCCCCGCUUAUCGUGUUUGCUUGCCUCAUCAGGAAUCCGCGGUUGGGGAAUGAGCAGAGUUUGCCGGAUGCGGAGAGGGUUGGGGGUGAGGGGGAGGGGGAGGGGGAGGGUGAGGGUGAGGAGAGGAAUCGAGUGGAGGAGAGGAAGAGUGUUAUUGGGUUUUUGAAGAAGUAG